AUGAGUGGGAAACUUCAAAACCUGCUCAUGUUUCUGGGCCCGUGAAAAGAUUUGUAUAACACAUUGAGGUUUUGAUGGAUUUUCCCAUGUUCUUCCAGACAGUGGUUUUUGUUAAAGUGCUCAGAUAAUAAAAUCCUUAUGUUUUUUCACCAGGACCCCUGAUUCUUGUUGUUUUGUAGAGCUGCAGCGCUCAACAUUUGAUCACAUGCAGCAGGCUAAAGCACAUGGAGAACCGCUGACCUGCCGGCUUCACGGGACUUGGGUGUUGCAAUGGAACCAAUAUGUUUGCUUCUUCUGGUAAUAAGUAAAGUGAUUUCAGCUGGCGCGCAGUUCAAUGGGUACAAUUGUGAUGCCAAUUAUCACAGCAGGUUCCCUGCUGAAAGGGACAUCAGCGUCUUUUGCGGAGUCCAGACCGUCACUCUGAAGAUUAAUUUUUGCCCAGUUCUCUUCUCUGGUUACUCAGAAACAGAUUUAUCCCUCAAUGGCAGGCAUGGUGACGCACACUGCAGGGGCUUCAUCAAUAACAACACCUUCCCCACGGCCGUCAUCUUCACCAUCAGCCUGAACACACUGGAAUCCUGCGGCAACAGCCUGGUGGUGUCCUCAGUCCCAGGUGUCAAUGCAUAUGGCAACUCCUCCAUGGUGCAGAUUGGUAAUCUUUCAGGAUAUAUUGACACUCCAGAUCCUCCAACAAUCAUCAGCUAUCUGCCGGGGCUGCUGUAUAAAUUCAGCUGCAGCUAUCCUCUUGAGUACCUGGUCAACAAUACGCAGCUCGCUUCGUCAUCUGCUGCUAUUUCUGUUAAGGACAACAAUGGUUCGUUUUUAAGCACUUUGAAUUUACUCCUCUACAAUGAUUCAACCUAUGCACAGCAGCUGGCAAUACCAAACGCAGGGCUACCCUUAAAGACCAAAGUGUACGCAGCAGUCAAAGCAACCAACCUGGAUGGAAGAUGGAAUGUUUUGAUGGACUACUGUUACACAACGCCUUCUGGAAAUCCAAGUGACGAACUUAGAUACGAUCUGUUCUUUAGUUGCGACAAAGAUCCACAAACAACUGUUUUUGAAAACGGCAAAAGUCAAAUGGGCAGGUUUUCCUUCGAAGUGUUCCGGUUUGUCAAGCACAAAAACCAGAAGAUGUCGACAGUGUUUCUACAUUGUGUGACCAAACUCUGCAGAGCAGAUGACUGUCCUUUACUCAUGCCGAUCUGUGGCAGCCGAAAGAAAAGGAAUCUUUUUGAGGAGACAACACCCGUUCCUCAGAGUGCCUCUGGAAACGCUGUCAUUACAGCAGGUCCCAUAAUCACAAGGAGUGAUGAAACACCAACCAACAACUCCCAGUUAGCACAGCUAAACAGACCUGCCUUCCAGCUCAACUCAGUCACAAGUGCACUGAUCUCCGGGAUCGUUAUCCUGGGAUUCAUGAGCCUGUGUUUCUUUGUGUUCUCCCUGACUCUCCUCAACGGAAAGCCUGGCAGUAACCCAGUGCUAGCAGGGAUUAGGAACCCUGUUUUUAACUGACCCCUGAUUUUGACUUCUGUUUGUUUAAAAUAUUAUUAUUGAAAUACUGUAAUUCGGGUGAAUUCAUUUGACUUUAUACAGUUCAUGAAAGAGCAUUAUUGUAAUUUUAGAAUAAUAUAAAAAGCACAUUCUGUGGAUUUUUAAUGGUAUUGUAUUGUAAAUUCCUAGUGUACUAGCUCUGAAUGCUGCUGUUCUUUUAUGUAUUCUGAAGUAGAUCUAAAAUUGUUUAAUUUCGUUGUUGAUUUCAAACAAAAUACUGCCCAAAUCGACAUGUAAGGAGAACGUUUUAUUCAAUACCUCAGCUACAUUUUAUUCACUGCAGGGUUUAGGAUUGAUUACAUGGAAACAACCAUAAUUUUUAAAUAAAAUGUU